AUACGGCUUGCUUUUGCAUUUAUCGAAACGACAAAAACUCAAAAUAACACUAUUGCCUCUUUUAAAAUCGCUAUUUUGAAGGGUCCUCUUCCGCCUCCUAUUCUGUCUUCCAUCUUCAGAAAGCAGAGAGAGCAGCGGCAACCUUCGACCGGCGACGAUUUGAUAAAGCCGGAAGUGAUGAAUUAUAGUCGCUUUCUGUCAAGAACAGCUGAUGGUGACUUAUUGCGGCUCUGCCGCCAGCCCUGGGUAGUCAGAACUUUCUCUACAAACUUCACGGCUGGUACAGAAAACAAUGACGGCAAAAGUAACAACUCCUUUGAGUCUGCUGAUGAUUUUGAGCGACGGAUAUUUGGUGGCUUUUCAGAAAGUGGUCCAAAUACUGAUUCAUUUUAUCAAAAGCUUGAUAGUCUUGAGAAAGCUCGUGGAAGAUCUGGUUUUGGUUCUAGGCAGAAUGCUGGCAAUGGUUCCCAACUAUUGGAUGGUCUGGAUGAGAGUUUUAAUACAUUGUCUGACGGGAUGGAUGGAAAGCUGAAGAAAGCUGCAACAUAUUUUGAGUAUGAUUCUGGGGAGAUAGAUAAAGAGGACUAUUCAUUCAGACCAGAUGUGACCUUUCGACCUGGGAUGACAUAUACCCAAAAGGAUCUAGAUCUUACAAAGCCAGGUGUACACAAACCCUUUAAAAGACAUGAGUUUGAAGUAACAACUGAGCAAGUUCUCAGAAAAGCUGAUUUUCGGAAUGUAAGAUUUCUUGCCAACUUUCUUACUGAAUCAGGAAUUAUCAUCAAAAGGAGCAAGACCCGCAUUAGUGCCAAAGCCCAGAGGAAGGUAGCCAGGGAGAUCAAGACAGCAAGAGCAUUUGGUCUGAUGCCAUUCACGACGAUGGGCACAAAACCAUUUAUUUUCGGGAAAACAAUGGAAGAUCUUGAGGAGGAUGAUGAAUAUGAUAAUUAUGAUGCCAGAGUACCUGCUUUUAGAGAAGCAAAUCGUUUCACUGGAGCCUAGAAGCUUAUGCAGGUUGAUGCCACCUCAUUGCAACUAUUUAUUUAGGCUAUGAGAAAACAAGUUGACAUCUUCGGAAUAUAUAAGGUGAUUCUUUCCCUUGAUGUGUUUAUAUUAGCAAAAUCGGUUCAUUUGUUCUUAUGAGAAACUUUUUAAGUGUACUAGACCUGCACAUUUUUUUUCUUAUUUUAGAAUUGUAACUUCGCUACUGUAACUGCCAAUAAUUUCCACUUGGCAGAAGCUUUGAGAGUGCCAAAUUUAGUGAACAUUCCCCCCCCCCUCGUCACCUAGUCACUCGUGCAGUGGGCGAGCCUGUGGCACAACAGUUGCAGUAUGGUAACAUGUUGCUCACAGGUUCGAAACUUGGAAACCUCUCCUGCGAAGCAGAGUGUAAGACUGCGUCCAUUUGCUCCUAGACCCUGGAGCUUUAUGCAUUGAGUUGCUUUUUUCUCUUUAUGA